AUGCACCUGGGUCCGCGAACGAGGGCGUCGAACAGAGACCACAGGCACCAAGACUCUGACCGGGAUGGACCUGACUACGAGCGGCGACGGCCCCGACAUGGUGAAGAUGAGCGCGACCAGCGGCGUCCGGACCACCACCGCUCGCGACGGGAUCACGAUUCUCGACGACGCGGAGGUUCUCGUCGGGUAGUAGAGAAUUAUCGAGAAGAUGAACCAGAAGAAGACCAUGUAGUUCAUCAAGAUCGAUACCACGAUCGCGAACGAUCGGAACGCGCGGGGGAGAGAUCAUACAACAGACGCAGCUACAAUGACCACGAUGCGGAAGAACAAAAGCGGCGCCGCGAACGUGAUGCCCAUUGGUUCCAGGAUCAGGAAGAUGAUGAUCCGCGUGCUCUUGCCAAGUAUCGCAGCAGGGAUCAACAUCUACAGCGAGAUCCGCAGCGGUCGGGUGAAGAAGAUGGUGAUGAAAGAAAACGAGGAAGGUCACCAGCAACGUCACCGCUCGCACCACCCCGCCAAGCUCAGACAAGUCUUUUUCAACAACAAGGUAGCACAAAAUCAGGCGUCGGUGGAGGUUCUACGUCCAGUACGAGCAAGUUACCUCCGCAGUUCGUUGCACAACAAGACGAGGCUGGCAGCGCUGCUUCGCGAGAAGUUACCGUCAGCUACCUCGAUGGCGAUAGAACUUCCCGAAUAGGAGAAGACGACCCAAACGUGGACAAUCUGCGCAUGCUGGCCGAGGUGGAACGCAACAUCUUUGAGCAGAACAAAAAGGACCUUGGGGAGGAGGAGGAGGAAGAGGAGGUGGUGGACGACAAAAUCCCCUGCAUCCUCCAGCGAACCCUGCAGGGGCACAAGGGGGCGGUGUACGCCCUGGAGUGGAACAAGACCAAAACCUACCUCCUGUCCGGGGCCGCGGACCGCACCGUGCGACUGUGGAACCCGGCCUCCGGGAUUGCGAUCGCCAAGUACGACGAACUGCAGCGCGAGGAGGUGGUGUCCGUUGCCGUGACCGACGACAGCUCGACAUUCUACGCGGCGGGGUCCGACAAGCACGCCGUGGCCGUGGACGUGACGGAAAAGAAAGUGAUCCGGAAGUUCCAGGGGCACGACAAGCGCCUCACCGUCUGCAAGCUGCUCGGGCGCGAGUCGCAGCUUUUACUGACCGGGAGUCAGGACGGGUGCGUGAAGCUGUGGGACGCGCGGGCCGGCCGCGGGGCCAUCCAGACCCUGGCGGACGCCAAGGACACCAUCACGGACCUCGCGGUGCCGCCCGUCUACGCGAGUUCCAACGUCGAGCUGGGCGCGGAGUUCGUGUCCGCCUCGCUGGACGGCCGCCUCCGCCGCUACGAGCUGCGGGCGGGACUGGUCCAUGUGGACCCGGUGGGCGACCCGUUGUCCCGGGUCAGCUACAGUGGCGACGCGCAGUGCAUCCUGACGUCCAGUCUGUACCACCGCAUCUACCUGUUCGAGAAGGACACCGGGGAGGAGUUGCAACGGUACGAGGGCCAUAGAAACAACGAGUUCCAGAUCCAGAGCAUUCUCGACCCAAAUGAUGCGUACGUGUACAGCGGCAGCGAGGACGGAAAGAUCUUUGUCUGGGAGUUGGUGGACGGGGAGUGCCAGCUGCGGAUCGUGCCGGACGACGACAUCAUGUGGAAGAACAACAUGCUGUCCCUGGCCUUCCAAAACGAGAACUCCCUCGUUUGCGGCGGGAGCGACGGAAAAAUUCGCGUGUUUGGAACGCCCGCGACGGUGCGCAUGGAUGCCGGGUGA